AUGGAUUCUGAAGAGGCAUAUCAUCCAACUCAAGGAGAUAUUCUAAGUGUUCUACGACUUCUUCAUGAUAACGGUGUUAGUGUGCAGAAUUCAAAAAGGGCAUAUGAAGAAUUGCAACAAUAUCAAGCAAAUCCGGCUUUUUGUGUUUUGUUGUCGUAUGUUUUUGGCGCGGAGAAUUGCCCUAUCCAAAACUUAGAGCUUGGUGGGUCUUGGAUUCAAUAUAGACGACUUGCGGGUAUUACUUUAAAGAACAAUCUUGAAAAAUCGGAGUACGCUUUAGGUUUAGCAGCUGUGAAGGAGGCUGCUCGUUGUGCCUUAUUUGUCUUAGGUAAUCCAAUAGAUGUACGCAUUGCUCGUGUGGCAGCUCAAAUUGUUGUUAAGAUAACCGCUCUUACUUCCUUUGAUUGGUGGAGAGAGUCAGGUAUUGGGGAUUUACCUCACUUGCUUCUUAAUGAACUUUUUAGAGCAGGUGAUGUUAAAACAUUAUCUUCCCUUUAUACACUUCAAUAUUUAAUGGAAGAUCUUCCAAAAGUUGUAGGUGUUGCGAGUAAAGAAAUUAUUGAAAGAGUUGUAACACUUGUAUUGGAUCAAAGUAUACAACCAAAUCUUCGUAAAGCUGCAUUUCGAAUGUGUUCUAACGUUUAUGAACGAGCUGAAUCUCUUGAUUGGAAUGUGGAAGGAUUAUCACCGCUACAAAAUGGAUUGACGGGUGCAAGUGGUAUAUUUGCAGGUGUUUGUACGACUCUUUUAGAACAAGGAUGCGAUGGUGAUAUUGCCUUAAUGAUUGAAGUGUUGCGUUCGUGUAGCGUGAUGCUUGAAUAUUUAGAGUAUUUUAAUCCUAUCUCUGAAUCUGAAAUGACGAGAUUAGUCAAAUGGUGGGUUUAUCAUACAAUAAAUAUAGUUUCUUCAAAAGAAACUGUGAGUGAAUAUGACUUUCAAUUGAAAAUAGCUGCAAUGGAUUUAUUGACUACGGCUUUGGGAAUAUAUGAUCGCAUGGGUGGAGAAGGGGUUAUAUCCCUUCUUGUUGAACCAAUUUCACAAUGCUUAUCUACACUUAUACCUGCCUUGGUGAAUUUCGUUCCCAUGUCACGAGAGGAAGUAGAUAGUAUUCUUUCAAAUGAUGAUUAUAGAUUGCGUGAUGCAAUGGCAGUUGAUUAUCAUUUGGAGAAAAGAAAUGAGGAUAUUUCAGAAGAUAAAUAUCUUGAUGAUGAUGAAGAAGGGGCACCAGCACUUCGUUCUUCAGCAUUACGUUGUAUUGAUGCUUUGUCUAUGUUUUCAAGUAAGCAGGUGUAUCCAUAUUUAAUCGAUCAGGUUAAAAAUUUAUGGGACUCUGAUGGACGACUAAAGGAAGCAGCUAUUGUAUUGAUUGGUACAAUUGCUAGUGGGUGUUAUAAUGAGAUUGAGAAUACACUUCCAGUUCUUGUACACCAACUUGUAAAUUCAGUUAUUUCACCAUCAGAGGAUGUCUUUGUGGUUAGUAUUGCUAUAUGGACAUUAUCCCGUAUUUUGGAAUGGGCAUAUGCAUGUGAUGGUACUUUUAUCACUGAUAUCAUGACAGCUUUUAUUACGCGAAUGCAAAGUACCAGUAAGCGUAUUCAAAGAUCGGCAGUUUCUGCACUUAACACGGCAUUUGUAACAGCUCAUAAUAUGGGAACAACAAGAAAAAUUAUCGCUGUUUUUCCUUCUUUGGUUGAAGCAAUUAUUGCAUGUUUACCUGUUUAUUGUGAUGCAAAUUUAUCUCUUCUUUCUGAUUUAGCUUUGCAUUUAAUUGCUGUUUCAGAAAAUACUGUAUUGAACUCGCAUAUUGGUGAAGCAUUUAAAUCUAAUCGAAUUGAACGUGCAAAAUUAUUUGAGAAUUCAUACGUAUCAGUCUACAUCAAAGAAUUACCCAAUACUCAUCUUGAUAAGGAUCUCUUUUCUAUUGAUCGUGUUAUUUCUGGUUUCUUAACGUUUUUUCCAGAUCCUGUAACUUCUGUUAAUAUUCUUGAGAGUUGGCAAGCAGCGUUAGAAGAUGUUGUUAAUAGGGAUGUAAAGGAUGAUACCGAUCUUUUAUAUAAUAUAAUAUACUCCUGUGGAAAUUUUAUAAAUGUUACUUCAACAACGGUUUUAAGAGAAUGGGCACAUCGAACACAAGGAUCUCUAGCAAGUGUAGGUUUUCAACUCCUUGUUAAAUCACCUCAACAAACGGUGAAAUUAGCAGCUGUUAUACUUCUCCAUCGAUUAUUGAAGAAUAUUGGGAGUUCUGCCUACCCAAUGGGAAUGGCUGUAAAAUUACUCUCUACACUCGCAUCUUCUAUUGACAGUUUUGAUGAUCCUCAUGUGAAGCUGGAGUUGGUACGGUUAAUAACACUGAUGGUUGAGUGUUAUUCUUCUGAGUUCCCGAAUGAAAGUUAUGCCGCUUUUUUUGCAGCUGUUAAUGCAAUUCGUAGUGAUGCCUACAAUGAUUCUCUUAUGGUUUUUGUUCAAAUGGCGUAUGACAUAUGUCGUACUCUUGGCAUGGUGCCAACUCUCAUUAGUCGAUCACGUCCUGAGGUAAUUACUCGAAUUAUGGCACAAUCAGAAAAUACAUAUGACAAAUCAGUAGCAACAAUACACCUGAUAAACGCACUUUUGACGAUUGAUGAAGUUGCUCUCGCUAUCUUACCCGAUGCUAUGCGUCUAAUUUACAGUUGGCAACAGUCAGCAUGUAAUUUUCCAGGAACCCAAGAGAAAAUAAGAUCAUUGUUGUUCUUCUAUGACAAACAUGGUAGUCAACUUAGGGAUCAUUUGGGAGCUCUUCACCCAAAUACGCGUGAGAUGAUCUUCACAACAUAUGAUAUGAUAUGA